CAGAAGAGAGAGAAUCAAAGAACCAUUCUGAUCAGAGAGAGUAGGCGAUGGAUGAGAAUCGACAUGAAAAUGCGCUAGGGUUUCGUUGGUUAUACUGCUUCAAUCUUCCUCUGAUUUCUGUUUCAAUGUGGCUAUUUGAGUAGGAAUUGCUCAAACAACCGACGACGGCGAACUCCAGUGGCGGGAAUCGAUGGCGGGAAAAGCUUAGCCUCCUCUCCGGUCGAAAUCUGGCGACGGGUAUCUUCCUUCCGACUUUGUUCUUAAGAACUUGGUACUUGCAUUAGGGUCCUUCUAGGCAUUUUUGAAUAGAUUGGGGAUUAGGUCUUUCUCGAUUUGUAGAUUUUCGAUUUUGGUUGGGAAAGUUAUUCGAUAUGGAGAAGAUAAGCCUUCCAUGGGAUUUGGUAGAGGAGAUACUCUCCAGGGUUCCUUCUAAGUCUGUGACCCGAUUCAGAUCAGCAUCAAAACAGUGGAACGAUCUAUUGGUAUCUAACAAGUUUGCUAAGAAGCACUCUGCUAAUGCACCAAAGGAGUCUGUGAUUAUAAUGUUGAUUCACUCUAGGGUUCACUUGAUGAGGAUCAAUCUCGAUGGGAUUCAGGACAACGUUGCUCCAUCUGUUAAGGUUGGAGCUCAAUUAUACCUUAAAGAUCCGCUUUCUAGUUCUUCACAUCAAGUCGAUAUACGUAAAGUGUGUCACUGCGACGGGUUAUUGCUGUGCGCCACCAAGGAAAAUAGACUCGUGAUUUGGAAUCCAUGUUCUGGAGAAACCAAGUGGAUCCAGCCUAGAGACAGCUACAAGAGAACCGAUUUCUAUGCUCUCGGUUAUGAAAGCAAUUCUUCCUGCAAGAAAUACAAAAUAUUGAGGGUGGAUGUUCAAUCCAUUAUCCCUACAAUCCGCAAUGAGUAUGAAAUGUACGACUUUACCUCUGAUUCGUGGAGAGUUCUUGGUGUGGCCACUGAUUGGUUGAUACGACGAAGUGGCAGGACUGCGAAGGGGAAUACUUAUUGGGCUGCUGUUUAUGAUGCCAUUGAAGGCAGGGCAUAUUGCUUAGAUCUUCAGAGUUAUGUUCCAAGUUUGGCUCAAUUCCAACAAUGUGCACUUCUUGGAGGACGCAAAAGGAAAACAUCUGAGAGGUGGCCAUUUUUUUUUUUUUUUUUUUUAUAUCUGAGAGGUGACAUGUUCAUACCAAUCUGUCGUUUCUUGUAACUCUCGA